GCUGAACUUUUGAAGCAGAGACUGAUGAAGCGAAAGCGGUAAACAGGGUCUUGGAGAAAGUUUGUUUCUUUACCCAUUCUAAUGGCGUCGCCGGCGUUUGUCGCUUUGCCUUCGACUUCACCGUUCCGGAUCAAGUUGUUGAAUGGUAGAAGGUGUCAGCCAGGCAAUGGCAUAACUCUACAUUCAUGUCAACGGACUUUUCCAAAGCUUUCUAUGCAAGUGAUGAUGGCACAGUUUGGCGAAUCAGAGAGGCUGAAUGUGCAACUUGAUGCUGUGACAGAAAGGUUACAGGAGGUGAUUCCAGACUCGGUGAAACAUUUUCCUUGGAAGAAAGCGGAGACUGUGCUUCUCAAUAGAGUGGCCCUUUUGGGGCGAAAGGCAUUGAAGUGGUCGCUGAUAACCCUAUUUGUAGCUAGCUCCUUAUCAGAUGUUUUAUUUGCCAUUUCGAGAAAUAGAGAGUUGACAAUUCCAAUUGGCCUUUUUGUCGGUUGUUUGCUGACUGACUUUCUAAAGGAGGUGAUGACAGAAUUCUCUGGCGACUCUCAGCUGGACAAAGGAUUCGUCCAGUGCCUGACGGCAAUAAGCUGCGUGUUUGUUCUUCUCAAGUUUGCUUCUGCAUUUUGUGGGCUUGGAGUGAGAGUCUUCCUCUCGCAUGUUGCAAAUGGUGGCGUGAUGCAAACUUUGUGGCUAUGGAGAAAUCUGUCACAUGGAUCAAGUAACGAAGAGAAACAACCCCAAGAGGAGGGGGCCAUUGCAUGAGCCGUUUAAGUUCUUGAAGCUUUAUGCACUUGCAGAAUCCAUUAGAGGUAGUCACUAAUCAUUGUACAGAAAUUCUUCUCCGAGCCCUUUGUAAGAGAGAGAGAGAGAGAGAGUUGUAAAGUAUGAGCAAUGCACAUGGAUGGAGCACAAACUCGUUCUUGACUGUUUCUUGUUAUAUUCGAAGUGUAGAAUGUUAAAUGCUCAGUUUUGUUGUUUUACAUUA